AUGUGGGAUAAACAUAAUAAACGUUUUGUCAGAUCGAGGUAUUUCGCUUCCUUUGGUAAUCUAUCCAAUGCCGCAGCUAUCAUCGGAAACCCCAAGGUGGCUGCUCAUGGAAAGGUUGUCAUUGGUGGUCUGGACAAAGCUGUGAAGAAUUUGGACAACGUUAAGGCCACCUACGCUAAGCUGAGUGAGCUUCACUCUGACACACUGCACGUGGAUCCCAGCAACUACUCGCUUCUUGGUAACUGCCUCACCGUAUGUCUGUCUGCAAAGCUCGGACCCGCCGUCUUCACCCCUGAAGUGCACAAGACGCAAGCAGUACCACUAAACAAACAGCAGAAUAUAAAGAUAUGCAGGUCUUUUACUCUGUAAAUAAAACGUUAAACAUGCAU